AGAAGAAAAGAAAAGACGCACGCAAAUCAAGUUGUCACUUGCGAGCAGUAGAGCUGAAGGCGACGGGAGGAAGUGCCUCUGGCCAGCCCUCUUGCUGUUCCUUCAAGCUUGGGAAAACAGCCCCAAGAAGGCAGGGAACCCAAGAAGGCUUUGCUGUUCUUCCAAACCACCGUGCAUCUGCUACUCCAGUUUCAGUGACCAAGUGAUCAGACCAGAGUGCCUGCUUUUGGAACCAGCAUGUAUCAACAUCAAAGCGUGAGUUUGUCUUGGUUGCCUGCAAGGUUUUUGGCUUGCUUGUUUUGAGAAGGGACAAAAGCAUUGAGUCUUGCAACCGUGGAUACAGCGACAAAUGGGUAGGGCUGCCAGGUGACCAGGCAAAAACCCAGCAACCUGAAAACUGCGCUGGUCUGUUCUUGUGUGCAGAAAUCCGACUUGGCAAUGACCAUUGGCUAAGGUUUGCGUAUUGAGCUGCAGCAACCUUGAACAAGCUGGCAAUCUUACAGAGGUCCUAAUAAUGAGGGUGAGGGAGGGGAGGCUUUUGCUAUCUGUAAAGAGCAGUUAAAGACAUAUCUGCUUAUCCAGGCACCUAGCUCGUAAAUAUCUCCCCCCACUUUCCUUCUUUGUUUUGGUGCCACACCCUUUCCCUCUGGUCUUCGGGAUGGUAUAACCUUGUGAAGUUUUCUGGCAUUAGGUAAAACAUGGCCGUAGCCCUCCAGAUGUUGUUGUUUAGUCGUGUCCGACUCUUCGUGACCCCAUGGACCAGAGCACGCUAGGCACUCCUGUCUUCCACUGCCUCCCGCAGUUGGGUCAAACUCGUGUUGGUAGCUUCGAGAACACUGUCCAACCAUCUCGUCCUCUGUCGUCCCCUUCUCCUUGUGCCCUCCAUCUUUCCCAACAUCAGGGUCUUUUCCAGGGAGUCUUCUCUUCUCAUGAGGCAGCCAAAGUAUUGGAGCCUCAGCUUCAGGAUCUGUCCUUCCAGUGAGCACUCAGGGCUGAUUUCCAUAAGAAUUGUUAGGUUUGAUCUUCUUGCAGUCCACGGGACUCUCAAGAGUCUGCUCCAGCACCAUAAUUCAAAAGCAUCAAUUCUUCAGCGAUCAGCCUUCUUUAUGGUCCAGCUCUCACUUCCAUCUCCCAUCAUCUCUGACUAUUGACCAUGCAUGCUAGCUGAUGGGAGUUCCACAACAUCUGGAGGGCCACAGGUUAGCCAACCCUGAUGAAAAUGGGUUGUUGUUUUUUAAUUAAGAAUUAGGCACAUUCAGCAGUAGAUCUCUAAGACAUGCUGAUGGCAAACAAUGGAGGAGGUUUUCUUUAUGCCCUGCUUGCAUGCAUCCCUGCACGAAGCAUCUGGUUAGCCCCUGUGAAUGCUGGAGGAACAAAGCAGCAGAGGUCUUCUUUUUUUAGAGUUAAAAAAAAAGGUAACCUACCCUACCUUAACUGAUUCAGAAUUAAGUUCAUGCAAGACAUAUUUGGUGAGUGUUUGUCCUAUUUUACAUGAACUGAUGAAUUGCUUAACCUCCAGUGAUCCUUUUUUUAAAUUAUACCUUAAGGUUAUUGUAAUCAGAAUGUUUAUUUGCUGUGUAUUUUCAGCACAAACUCAUUUGUGGAAAAUGUGGUAUGCAGAUAAACUGACAUUGUCUAUGUUUAUCUGUGACAAAACCUCCCUGUGAGACCACUUUCCGUUUAACAUGCAAAUAGCACUUUUGAUGUGUGGAACGCCUUAUAGUUCUUAAUUUUUUUAAUCAAUUACUUCAUCUUCCCAACUGCUCCUCAAGUUAUGUCCCUUUAAAUCUCCGUUUUUAGUCCAAGAUUGAGCAAAUUGCUUUCGGCAACACAACAUGAUCCAAGUAUCUGGGAUUCAAAGCUCUCUUGUGUUGCUCCACGUUCAGUAUAAUUGCUUCCAUUGUCUGAUAUAUUUUUGGUAAAUUCUGCACAAUGCUCAAUUAACUUACGGCUUAAGCUCUUUCUUCUUUCUGUUUCUUGGCUCUACCCCCUUUCUAAAGUUCUUUUGUACAUAUUUUCCUGUAGUUUUACGAAGGUGUGUUGUGAAGAUCAUUUUUCAUAAUGAAAUCAGGUGUUUAUUGCUCCACAUUUUGCAAUUUGAAUGUCAUGGCUUUCAUCUAAAAAAAGGCAGCUGUAUUAAUCUGUAAGAUGGUGAUGGGGAAUCCAAAAUUCACAUCAGACACAGCCACCUUUCUUAUAGAGUAGCCAACAUAGUGCUCUCUAGAUGUUAGACUCCCAUCUCCCAUCAGCCAGGCCAGUGGUCGUGAAUUAUAGGAGUUCUGCAAGAUCUGGAGGGCCACGGAUUAGAUACCCCUACUUUAUUAGGACCAGUCAAACUGUCACAAAAGUGUGAGCAAGCAUUCAAAAUUCUCUAAUAUCAAGCUGAAUGUUAAGAAACAGGGUGGGAAGCAGAGAAAGAAAGAAAACUGGCUUAUGUUGAAGCCAUGAGGUCUGCAUACUUCAUAGCCUUAAGAUGGUGCCUAGGAAGAAGUGUGAGGCUUGGGCUAUGUGCCCAUUACCAGCUUAAAACACAGCUAGGUCAUUAUUUUCCUCAAUUUGAAUCAAAGCUUAGUUGGGGUGGGGAAAAUAACAGGAUAAAUGCAAGGUAGAUAACGAUGUUGGCUAACCUUGUGUGUAGACUCCAAAACCAGCGGUGGGAACACAGGAGUGUGUACACAACUUUCAGUUCUUCUAGAAGCUGUGAAAGAUUUUGAGUUACACCUAGGGAUGCUGGAACAAAAGUCCAAUGGCUGAUUCUUCAUUUCCACAAAUACAAGCAACGGCAAUUACUCCAAUCUGCUGCCAGUUUUAGGAAGCUUAACAUCCGUGGUUCUUCAGCUUGAUUGCACAAGGGGACUGCUGUUCUGGUCCAUACCUUUAAAACACAUUUGAAUCAUUUUUUUUUCUCUCCCAAAGAAUAAUGGUUUGUUAAGUUUGUUAAGGUUGCUGGGAAUUUUAGAUCUGUGAGGGGUAUGUUACAGUUUCCAGAAUUAUUUGAAGGGAAGACUGCAUUUCAAAUGUGCUUUAAAGGUAAUGGCAUGUACAAAGAAGGAGGAGGAGGAGGAGUUUGGAUUUGAUAUUCUGCUUUAUCACUACCCUAAGGAGUCUCAAAGCGGCUAACAUUCUCCUUUCCCUUCCUCCCCCACAACAAACACUCUGUGAGGUGAGUGGGGCUGAGAGACUUCAGAGAAGUGUGACUGGCCCAAGGUCACCCAGCAGCUGCAUGUGGAGGAGCAGGGAAGCGAACCCGGUUCGCCAGAUUACAAGUCCACCGCUCUUAACCACUACACCACACUGGCUCCCAUAGCCCUGAUUUGCUCGUUCUUUCCAGACUCACUGCUUUUCCCCCAUUGGGACCAUGAUCCAACACAGCUCUAUGCAUGCAUGGCUGGCUGUGGGGAGAGGACGCUCUAUUCUGCACGCACCUGGAGGGGUGUGUGCAUAGCCUUACCAACUAUUGCAGCGGAAACUUCAAAACUGCCAUUCUAUUUUUAAGUUUUGAAUUUUAAACUGAAUAGACUGCUUCGUUGUGGUGUGGUGAAAACUUCAGAGAAAUCCCCAGCUCUUCAGAAAUAUCCUCGUGUUAUUUACUUGCGAGGCCCAAUGGGUGGUUAUGGGUAUCCAGCUGCAAAAAGAGGGGAGGUGAGUUUCAGCAGGUGUGGGCUACACCUGCUGAAUUGCCCGCUUCUGCACAGCAAUUAAAGGGUCAGGAUCUCUGUCCUCUUUUUGGACCAGGCCACCCUCUUAAGAGACCCGUAGACCAGAAUUAAAUACCACAUCGUAAAAGAGCCGUACAGCUAGUCACGACCUCUUUCUAAAAGUUCAUCCUGGAGUCAUUCUGAAAGCCAGCGUUUUGCAAGCAGCCAACUGAAAAGCCCAACAGCUGCUGAACGUUACUCACGUGGAAGCUGUUAGUCUGUUUACGUGAGACGGAGCAGCUUUGCAGUGUUGUUAAUGGCCACAGAAUGCAAGAGAGAGACAUCUGACUCUUGCGGAAAAGAACAGGCAAAUACAGUUCUCUUUAGUUUCAGCUCUAGGUUAUAUCUAGAGUGCUCAUGUGCAAAACAGGGUGGGAUUCCUACACCCAAUAAACACCCAGUGAGUUCCCAGAAACAGCAAUAAAUACAAUUUAAAACACAUAUACCGGUACAUUAAAUCAACAAUUUAUAUAUCCAUAUUUCUCUUCAUAUAUAUCCAUAUUUCUUUGGCUUCCCCCGUAUUUCUGUAUUGAUUUAUUAAUUUAUUGUAUUGAUUUAUUAAACAAAUUCUAUACCCCGCUGGUUUUACCUCUUAUAUAGUUGUGAAAGUUUAGUCAAAACCUGCCAAUGGGUCCAAAUCUUUAUAGUGUCUUUUUAUAUAAUUUGUAAAUGGUUCCCAGUCCUUUUUGAAAUUGAUGUUGUCUCUCUCAUGUAUCCUCUGUCAGCUUAGCCAGUUCCACGUAGUCCGUAAACUUAAGUUGCCAUUCUUCCUUUGUUGGCGUUUUCUCUGUUUUCCAUACUUGUGCUAAUAAAAUUUUUGCUGCUGCUGCUUUGUUGUUGUUGUUUAGUCGUUUAGUCGUGUCCGACUUUUCGUGACUCCUUGGACCAGAGCACGCCAGGCACUCCUGUCUUCCACUGCCUCCCGCAGUUUGGUCAAACUCAUUCUGGUAGCUUCGAGAACACUGUCCAACCACCUCGUCCUCUGUCGUCCCCUUCUUCUUGUGCCCUCCAUCUUUCCCAACAUCAGGGUCUUUUCCAGGGAGACUUCUCUUCUCAUGAGGUGGCCAAAGUAUUGGAGCCUCAGCUUCAGGAUCUGUCCUUCCAGUGAGCACUCAGGGCUGAUUUCCUUCAGAAUGGAUCGGUUUCAUCUUCUUGCAGUCCAUGGGACUCUCAAGAGUCUCCUCCAGCACCACUUGCUGCUGCUGUCGAACUUAAUCUGUUCCAGGAGUCUGUUCCGACUCCCGAAACUGUUCGAAAACCAAGGCCUGGCUUUCGAUUGGCUGCAGGAGCUUCCUGCACUCAAACGGAAGCCGUGUCGGAUGUUUGGUUUCCGAAAAACAUUCACAAACUGGAACACUUACUUCCGGGUUUGCGGCAUUCAGGAGCCGAUUUGUUCAGGAGCCAAGCCAUUUGAGUACCAAGGUACCACUGUAUAUCUCUCCAACAAUGCUAAAUUUCUUUAAGUAAAAGUAUUGUGGGUUUGAUAAAGAAAGCCCCUAAUUGAAAGUUGGCUCCUUUAAAGAGCUGGGCUGGAAUGAACAAGGAGUGUCGCCAGAACACAUGAGGGGAACGGCAGGAUCAUGACUGAAGGUAUUUUGAGUUGAAACUAAAUACAACAUUUGAUCUUAGUCUAGGACAGCUCCCUGCUUUCUUCGCUAAUACAGGGAACAACAGGCAGUACCAGAAGUGGGAUAGUGAUUUAUACGUUGAUUUUGAAGCCAGAAAGCUUGAGAAAGAAGCCCUAGAUGUGUUAGAUCUCUUCCGCUGUGCUCCAGAAAAUUGGAGAAGAUUUAAGCAGCACUUUGACCUGCUCAUAGAAGCCAGUGGAGCUGCCGAGACGACAACGGAUAAAAGGAAGGCAGCUCUGCUGGUGAAUUUUGCAGGGCCCCAAAGAUGCUGAUUUGUUUAACACCUUUUCACUAGCUGCAGAAAAAAAAGCCUAAAUGUGAUAGUGUGGUUAACAAGUCUGAGGAACGUUUGCACACAAAGCAAAAAAAGCAAGAUGUUUGAAAGAGAGGUUUCUUCAUACAAUAAAAAAAGUGAGACAGAAUUCUUAGAGCUUUCUGCGAAGGCUGAGCCAGAUCAUAAACAUACUGUAAAUCUCUGUGAUCCUCGAUUGAUGGGAGAUAAUGAAAUAAUAAUAAUCAGUGCUUUUUUUCUAAAAAAAAUAUGUUUAGGGGUACUCUCAUUUUGACUCAAGAAAAUCACCAUUUUAUAGUUUUAAUCAGGAAAAAUUAAUACAGUAAAUGGACAAAAGUACAAAGAUUCACAAAAUGUUUAGGGAUAUCCAUACCCCUGCGUGCCCCCCCCCGAAAAAAGUACUGAAAAUAAUAAUGAAACUUCUGACUAAUAAGGGAUCAGAUUGGCCUAAGAAACAGAUAUGCAAACUGACUGGGAAAUUGCUAGAAAUUUCUUUACUUUAGCAAAAAGCAAUUGAAAUCUGCUGAGUUGCAAGAAAUCACAUACAAAAGAGAGUACAGUUUAUUUGUUUGAAGGAAAGAGUUUUGUUGAGUUUGUGGAUUGUGACUUCUAGCAGACAUGGUGGAGGGUGGCUGUGAGCCUCACUCAAAACCUAGUUUUGACUUAUUUGGAACAGCAAGCCGAAGUUUGCAGGAAAUGUGGCCGUGUGAAUGCACCCACAGCAGCGCAGGGCUGGUGGAAAAACACGCAGCAGAUGGCUGAAGGUUUGCUAGAGCCUGCAAACAAAAUUAGUGGCAAGAAGAAACUGCAACCUGUGCACAGUGUUGUAAACAAAACCUGCCCUUAUUCCCUUAUGGGGGACACAAGAGCCCUUAUAGAGUCCUUAAGUGGGUUCUCUAUCAGUAGGAGAAAAUAACAGAGGCCAACCAGAGAAUAUUGAGAAGCAAAGCAGCUAGUAAGCCUGAUCUUUAUUAAUGCUCUUGCAAGAAGAGGAAGAAGAAGAGUUUGGAUUUGAUAUCCCGCCUUUCACUCCCCUUCAGGAGUCUCAAGGCGGCUAACAUUCUCCUUUCCCUUCCUCCCCCACAACAAACACUCUGUGAGGUGAGUGGGGCUGAGAGACUUCAGAGAAGUGUGACUGGCCCAAGGUCACCCAGCAGCUGCAUGUGGAGGAGCGGAGACGCGAACCCGGUUCCCCAGAUUACGAGACUACCGCUCUUAACCACUACACCACAUUGGCUCUCAACAGGGCGCUCCCCUCACACGCAGGAAAGGAGGAGGACCCAGAACCAAGGUGUGCCUGCCCUUAUAUAGACAUUUUAAAUUCCCUGCCCUGGAGCUCAAGACCACCCCUCCAUACAUCAUACAUACAUCACAGAAGGGGUGUAACCCAAGACCACCCCCCACAAACAUCAUACCUACAUCACAGAAAAGGCGGUCUACAACAGAAAUUUGAACGUUGUUGUUUUUCCUGUCUGUCAGAUUAUCUGAUAAUGCCUUAUCUGAUUGCCUUUCCUGGUAGUUUGCUCAUUCCUUUGAAAUGGUGCCUACCCAAUUCCUGAGACAAUGGGAAGGUUCCCUCACCCCCUCCCUCCUUGCAGAGAAAACAUUUGGUCAGUUUGGGAGUCAAAAUGGUUUCAGGGCAGUCUUCCUGUGCUGCUCCAGACAUGUGGUCCACAUAUCUCUGUACGUGCUUGGUUGGUACAUUUAUGAACAUUUAUUAUAUACAUAAGACCUUAAUUUUUUAUUACAACAGUGUCACAGGAAGAAAGCAGUUCUGCAACGAUCUAUAUCACCAGAAGGUUGGAAUAUUAAGUUAGAGAUAAAUGGCAGCAAAGUGAACUUUAAACAAAACACUGGAGCACAAAUGUGAUUCCUGAAAGCAAAGCAAUGCUACAAAGCAGGCAUAGGCAAACUCUGGCCCUCCAGAUGUUUGGGACUACAAUUCCCAUCAUCCCUAGCUAACAGGACCAAUGGUCAGGGAUGGUGGGAAUUGUAGUCCCAAACAUCUGGCGGGCCGGAGUUUGCCUAUACCUGCUACAAAGGAAACCAAGCUACAGGGAUAAUAGGAAAGUGAAAUUAAGAGCAUUUGAACUGAGAGCAAUAUCAGGUGCGACUCAAAUGCCUCUGAACUGGAAGUUAAAUGGGAAGACAAUGUUUAAAAAGUUUUAUUUGAUGUUUUGUUCUGGUCUCAAAUUAAUCGUGACAUUGAAGCACUUGUGAAAGGAUGCAUUGCUUGUCAGCCCAAACAGCCCAUGCUGGUGAUCUAAUAACCUAUUUUGACGUGGACCAAAAGUUGGACCAAUAUAUUGGCUUGCAUGUGCAAAAAUCCUCACUAUGCCCUGAUUGUGGACUAAUUUUCUUAAUAUCCAGAGGUUGCUUUACUAAUGGACACCACUAGUGUCCAUUCCCAGGGAAUUGGGAAAAUAGUCAUUUAUUUAUUUAGUUAUUUAUUUUGCUUGGCAUGGCAUUUCUGAGGGGGUUUGGACAGAUAAUGGCCCUCAGUUUGGCUUGUUGUGAGUUUCAGAACUUCUCCAAAGUUUAUGGGAUUUCUUCAGAUCACAUCAAGCCACAAAUAUUCUCAGUUGAAUGGUCUCGUUGAAAAUGGAAGUACAAGUUGUAAAGAAAUAACAGGAUUCAGGUACUGGCCCAUCACCGGCUUUGCUGGAUUAUGGAGCAUCUCCUCUGGAACAUGAAAAGCUGAGCUUCUGUUUGAAAGGGUUAUGUGAACAGAGUUGCCCAAUUAUCAGAGGCUGAAGGAAUAACGCAGUACGCUUCUGGAAACAUGUUCAGCACCUCAGGACAUGUUUUAGAUAGAUCAUUUAUUACGGUCAGAGACCAGCUUAUAAAACACACUUGGGGGCACAGUCACAGAAGGAAAACAAACAAUUAAAACAAUGUACAACAAUAAACUACCAGGACAUGUUUUCCACCGGAUUUUGAUGAACACCAGUUCACUUAGAGGAGAAAUAGAUCAACAGAUGAUGCCAUAGCUACAGCCUUUCACCUUGCAAUGAGUCAUCUGGCGAGACCGGGGAAUUAUAUCAAAAUGCUGUUUAUUGAUUAUAGCUUGGCUUUUAAUACCAUCCUUCCGGACAUUCUUAUUAAAAAACUGACGGGCCCGGACCUUUCCCCUACCAUCUGUGAUUGGAUUAAAGACUUUCUGAGGGAUCGUACACAAAUAGUGAGGAUUGGGCCUGUUACAUCUACCUCUCUGAAGCUCAGCACUGGCACCCCACAGGGAAGCGUGCUGAGUCCCUACCUGUACUCGUAUACAUAUGACUGUAUUUCAUCUGAUCCAUCCACUGCAAGUCUUAAGUUUGCAGAUGAUACCACCAUAAUGGGUCUCAUUACAGGUGGAGAUGAAUCAGCCUAUAGGGAGGAGGUUCAAAAAGUCUCCACAUGGUGCCUAGAGAACAACUUGCACCUAAAUAUCAGCAAGACAAAGGAGAUGGUGUUGGACUUUCGGAGGAAGAGAGGGGAACCAGCCCCAUUGUAUAUCGGGGGGGGGGCUGUGUGGAGAGAGUCUCUUCCUUUAAUUUCCUGGGUGUUUACCUUAGUGAGGACCUCACUUGGAAAAUCAAUACAACCCAGGUGGUUAGGAAGGCCCAACAGAGACUCCAUUUCCUCAGGGUCUUUCAAAAGAACAAUUUCAAACAAAAAUUGACGAUCUCCUUCUACCGGGCCACAAUAGAAAGUGGUACGCUGGUUUGACAGCCACAGACAGGGCCUCCCUACAGAGGGCGGUGAAUACAGCACAUGAUAUCAUGGGCUGUUCCCGGAGUUCGCUAGAUGACAUCGUUGGAGACCGCUGCCUCAGGAGAGUGAGGAAAAUUCUUAGGGACGACUCACACCCUGGCUAGCACCUCGUUAAUCUCCUAACGAGGGGGGCAGGAGAUACAGAAGUAUAGUCAGCCGCACCAACAGGUUAAAGAACAGUUUUUAUCCGUGGGCUGCUGAAUGCAAAAAAAAUACAGUGGUGCCCCGCAAGACGAAUGCCUCGCAAGACGAAAAACUCGCUAGAUGAAAGGGUUUUGCGUUUUUUGAGUCGUUCCGCAAGACGAAUUUCCCUAUGGGCUUGCUUCGCAAGACGAAACGUCUUGCGAGUUCUUGCGAGUUUGUUUCCUUUUUCUUAAAGCCGCUAAGCCAUUAAUAGCCGCUAAGCCGCUAAGCCGUUAAUAGCCGCUAAGCCGCUAAUAGCCGUGCUUCGCAAGACGAAAAAACCGCAAGACGAAGAGAUUCGCAGAACGGAUUAAUUUCGUCUUGCGAGGCACCACUGUAGUGGUGCAAUUGACUUCCGACAAGCACACAGAGCGCGAACAAGACUUGAGUGUAUGGGGGGGGGGGGGCUCGUUUAAUUUCACUGCACACAGGUGGUGUAGUGACAAUAAAGGUUUAUUUUAUUUUUAUCUAUUUUAUUUAUUUGGAUAGACUGAAAGGAAAACAAAAGGCAUAUAAUGGCAGAGGCUCAAAAGAACAUAGAGCAAUUGCAGUCAAAUGACCAGGUGCAUAUUUAUGAUUGCUCAGCAAGACCACAAGGGCAAUUAAAGUAGAAGCCCUGCACUGUGUCAGCAUCAAAUGGCCAGCCAUCGAGGAGGGACAGGUGACAUCGAAGAACUUGAACCCUGGGCACAGUAACAAGCUGAUUUUUGGCAACCUCAGCAAUGUGAUGGGGACCUGGAGCUGCAGCCAGUAAAUCACAUACGGGGUGAAGGGUACAAGUUAUCAGAAGAUCUACAAGGCACCACAGAGACAGGAAGAACAAUUCUGAAUAGACUUGGAUGUCAUUUGGUGUGUGUGUGUGUGUGUGUGUGUCAUUUUGUUGUUGUUUUUCUUAUAGAUGCAGUACAUGCUGUUCUGUCGUCUUGUUUUUGUUCUCUUGUAAGCUACAGUUUUAUAUGGUGGGCGUAGGGGUUAUUUAAUGCUAUUUUGAGUAUCGGAAAGUGGGAGAUGUGAGAGGGAACUAGCAGAAGCUGGAAGGUUGAUCAUGAUGAAAGCCUUCUGUGUUAAAAUUGAAGAAAAGAUUGGUUGUUAGCUCACACUAUUUCCCAGCUUUCUUCACUCGUGCAAGGAACAGCACAGUUAUCCGGCCAAACACGUUUUGCAGGUUUUUGAAGCGCUGAAAACCUGCAAAGCCUCUUUGACAUUGGGCAAAUUAGAUGCAUGAGAUAAGCAACCUUGGACUCUAUUGUACUCUGGGCUUCCUUGCAUGGGAGCUUCUUUUGUUUCGUUCUUUUGUUUGUUGGGCCUGAUGCAACACAGCAACAGCAGAUGUGAACUGAUUGCGGUGCAUCUUGUAACCACGCGUCGAUCUCAGGCAAAAGAAGUCCUUAUAAGGAGAGCAACACAGUGGAAAUUUAUGCAACUUUUUGUUUGAUUUGGUUUAUAUGGAGACAUGAGGUGGUGUUGGGCUUUUCUCAAAACUGAGCCAGCCGAACUGUUCCACCACCACCACCCUAGAUGAAUGAAACACCCACACCCUCGCUUUGAGCCUCAUGAUAUGCUGAGCUACAUAACAAUGUGGAAAUCUCAGGCCUGGGGGGAGAAAUGGGGCCAUGCGGUCCUCUCCAUCUGGCCUAUUGGACUCCCCCUUCCCCCUAGACACACCCCAUCACCAGCCCUGCAUUUCACCCUUGUUGGGUGUUUUUGCUUGGCUAGAAUGCGUCCUUGAAAUCUGAUGGUGUUUCUUCCUUGCACACAGAAAGGGCUACUUGUAGAAACCGGCUUACUGUACAGAGGUGAAAAUUUGCAUUCGUUGCUCCACCCACUUUUACCUGUGGCCCCACCCACCAUUGGAAUGUGUUAUCACUUCAAACACCUUUCUUUAAUCUCAUUAUACAUCAUUUCCCAAAAUACCCUCACGUCCACAUAACAAUGUGAAGUGGAUUCAAUGCAUCCCCAUGGGUACAUGGGAUGCAUUGUCAGGCAGCCAACAGAGGUUAGAAAAGCUCUCAGCCAUGUGCUCCUUUGGAUGCCAAAGCAUCCAUCUCCCCAGCUCAAGAACAUCUAAGGACAUGGUCUGAACUGUAAUAAACAAAAAUCUGCCCUUAUUCCCUUAUGGGGGACACAAGAGCCCUUAUAGAGUCCUUUGUAGGUUCUCCAUCGAUCGGAGAAAAUAACAGAGGCCAACCAGAGGAUAUUGAGAAGCGAAGCCGCUAGUAAGCCUGAUCUUUAUUAACGCUGUUGCAACAGGGCGCUCCCCUCACACGCAGGAAAGGAGGAGGACCCAGAACCAAGGUGUGCCUGCCCUUAUAUAGACAUUUUAAAUUCCCUGCCCUGGAGCUCAAGACCACCCCUCCAUACAUCAUACAUACAUCACAGAAGGGGUGUAACCCAAGACCACCCCCCACAAACAUCAUACCUACAUCACAGAAAAGGCGGUCUACAACAGAAAUUUGAAUGUUGUUGUUUUUCCUGUCUGCCAGGUUAUCUGAUAAUGUCUUAUCUGAUUGCCUUUCCUGAGAUGGUGCUUACCCAAUUCCUGAGACAAUGGGAAGGUUCCCUCACCCCCUCCCUCCUUGCAGAGAAAACAUUUGGUCAGUUUGGGAGUCAAAAUGGUUUCAGGGCAGUCUUCCUGGGCUGCUCCAGACAUGUGGUCCACAUAUCCAUGUGUGCGCCUGGCAAGCACAUUUAUGAAUAUAUAUAUAUAUAUAUAUCCUUAAUUUUUUUUUCCAGAACCUUGCUUGACUCCAACUCCUACCAUCUCCAUCUAUCACAGCCAAUGAUGACCAGGGAUGAUGGGAGAUGGAGUCCUAACAAUAUCUGGAGGGGGUAGCACAGGUUCCUCAGUUCUGGUCCAAAGGCACUUUGCUGAAACUAAGCAGGUCUGGGGCUGGUCAAUUCUUUGAAUCAAGGCAAUUCACUUGGGGAAACCCGUGCCUUGAGUUCCAGAGGGUGGAGACACACAGGGGUGUGCAUGAGAUAGAUUAGUACGCUGCCUCUGUGCACCCUCUCUGAAAGUGCAGGUAGUUGAUUACAGUAUUUCCCCCAAUAUAUUUUUGUAGCUGAGGCAGAAACAAGCUAGCUGCAUGCUGUUGGGCUUGCCCUUUCUUCACAGGAAGGGAGGGGUUGUCUUGAGAUAAUCUUGCAGGGUUCAGUGUUCCUUGGUUACCUCUAAGGGGAAGCACAGCCUCUGGAGUUGGCCUAAGACCUGCUUCCACUGCCUCAGAGUGCAUAGCUCCCUUGCUGCAGAACUUUGCCACGGACAGUUGUGACCGGCAGCCAAGUCAGCUUCAAGGUAGGUUUGAGAUCUUUUCCUCAAGUAUCUGUGGAAAUCAAACACUUUAUGCUCCAGGAACGCUUCGGCUAGAAUAGUUCAGGUUGCCGUUUCUUUAUCUUUCGCCACCUCCGAGUCAAAUUGUGAAAGAAUAAGAUUUCACGAACUUUCUUUAUCUCUGAGCAGGCAGCACAGAAUGACUAAUCCGUGUAAUAGAUGGAGUCAUCGCUUGUUUUGAAGGCAUGGUUUUACUCAUAAACAGUGUCUUCUGUAGAAAUGUGUGUUUUUACUCACAAGUUGUAAACAGUGUGUUGCUCAGAAAGGCAAUUAAGUUUUGAAGUGCCAUUGUUUUUCAUAGCUUUGCAGAACUUUCCAGAAUUUAGAUCAGAUUUAGAUUGCAAACAUGUGUCUUACCAGCAUGUAUUUUGCUCGAAUGGUUUGCACACAUAACCUGUCUUGGGAUAGUGCUUUUACGAGCAAGGGAUCCCCAAAUCUUGCUUCAUAAUGAGAAAUUUUAAAGACACAGCAUACCCAGAGGCAAACCUAGGAUCCCUUGUGCUCUCGGCAAGUAGCUGUAUUGGUGCCCCCCCUUAAACCCCCCCCCCCACUUUGCUGCAAUAGCCACAUUAGAAAUUACAAAAUUUUAGGCAACCCAGGUAUUUGAAGUGUCUGCAUUGAGGGUGAUGCAAGAUGGAAGGGUGGAAAAAAAUUGCACGUCUUUGUACAGCGUGCAAGAAGCACAGGAAGAUUCUCCCACAUUUGAUCUCACCACGACAGCAACGUUGUAUAUGCACAUAUUUGCGUCAUGCACGCCAGUCUCAAACCUUCUUGCCAUUUCUCCUACUGCUCAGCUUUCCUACUCAGCUUUUUCUUUUCUUUUUAAAAUACCGUAUUUUUUGCUCUAUAAGACUCACUUUUCCCCUCCUAAAAAGUAAGGGGAAAUGUGUGUGCGUCUUAUGGAGCGAAUGCAGGCUGCGCAGCUAUCACAGAAGUCAGAACAGCAAGAGGGAUUGCUGCUUUCACUGCGCAGUGAUCCCUCUUACUGUUCUGGUUUCUGAGAUUCAGAAUAUUUUUUUCUUGUUUUCCUCCUCCAAAAACUAGGUGCGUCUUGUGGUCUGGUGCGUCUUAUACAGCGAAAAAUACGGUAGUUUUUAUUAAGGAUUUUUUUGUGUUACAAAACAGAUGCAGAGAAAGGUACAUUUAUUGUCUCCACUUCCAAUUCAUAGAGUCUUUUUCACAGCUCAUUUACAUUUAGCGAGAGACACUUUUUUUGUCACAGACGUCUUGCAGUUGCGGAAAAAGAAAGGAAGGGAGAUUGGGAGGUUAUUGUUCUUUCAUUCUCUUGCCUAAAGUCUUAGCGUAGGGGUUUUUUUGGGGGGGGGGUCCCCCGAACCUGCUUGGCUGUGUUCAGUUGAUUGCAGUGUGGCUUGUUUGUAAAGGGGGGGGGGCUAGGUUGUGGGGUCAGGUUAGCCAUAUUGAUUUGUAUGCUGGUGGUGGGGGGGGGGGCGGGGAUCGGUUGUGGCUAUGUAUGUGAUAAAGCAGGCAUAGGCAAACUCGGCCCUCCAGAUGUUUUUGAUGUUUUUAGCCAUCAUCCCUAGCUAACAGGACCAGUGGUCAGGGAUGAUGGGAGUUGUAGUCCUAAAACAUCUGGGGGCCCGUGUUUGCCUAUGCCUGGUGAUAAAGAAAGUGCUUUUUUUCUAAAAAAAAAUGUUUAGGACGUACUCUCAUUUUGACUCCAGAAAAAUUACCAUUUUAUAGUUCAGAUCAGGAAAAAUAACUACAGUAAAAGCGCAAAGAUUCACAAAAUGUUUAGGGGGUAUGUGUACCCCUACGCCCCCCCCCCCCGAAAAAAGCACUGGAUAAAGGGGAACCGUACUGAGGGGAAGGCUUCCAAUUUUGCUUGUCCCCGUGCUAGCUUGUUUGUUGGUCAACUUUUCUAACAGGGCGCUUUCCCAUAGAGCUCUUGUCUAUAAUACUCUCACAGAUAACCGGAGACAGAUUUCUGGGGUGAUUUUUGAACGCACACCCCUCUGGGUCUGCACCCCUGCUGGGGGCUGGUUUCACCAAGCCUUAGGUAUGCCUCUGAAUACACCUCUGUUUCAGGUUAAUAUGCCCAGCCAUCCUGAAGCUGUGGUCACAGUCCAGCUUUUCACGUGGCAGACCUCAUGUGCCAAUGUUAUAAAUGCAGGCUACAGUUCCACUGUUGCGUUAAAAAGUGACGGUGGCACAGAUAUAAGCCUUAUGUGUGAGAGGGUCAUUGGACUCAGCUGUAGAACCAACAUUCAUAGGAAUCUUGGAAGCUUCCUUAUAUCUUGUGGCCACUUUAUUUGUCUGUCCAGCCACCCAACACUUCCAAACAUUGAUUGUUUUUAAAUGUUUCUUACUGAUGUGUUUAAGGGACGCAGGUGACGCUGUGGGUAAAAGCCUCAGCGCCUAGGACUUGCCGAUCGAAAGGUCGGCGGUUCGAAUCCCUGCGGCGGGGUGCGCUCCCGUCGUUCGGUCCCAGUGCCUGCCAACCUAGCAGUUCAAAAGCACCUCCGGGUGCAAGUAGAUAAAUAGGGACCGCUUACCAGCGGGAAGGUAAACGGCGUUCCGUGUGCUGCGCUGGCUCGCCAGAUGCAGCUUGUCACGCUGGCCACGUGACCCAGAAGUGUCUGCGGACAGCGUUGGCCUAUAGAGUGAGAUGAGCGCACAACCCUAGAGUCUGGCAAGACUGGCCCGAAUGGGCAGGGGUACCUUCACCUUUUUACUUACUGAUGUGUUUGGUGCCUUCGGCUCCUUUGGGAGGAAGUGUGGGAUACAUAUAUAUAAAAAUAUCCAGUAUUGUCUACUCCAUGGUACGCGGGUGGCGCUGUCGGUUAAACCACAGAGCCUAGGACUUGCCGAUCAGAAGGUCAGCAGUUCGAAUCCCCGCGACAGGGUGAGCUCCCGUUGCUCGGUCCCUGCUCCUGCCAACCUAGCAGUUCGAAAGCAUGUCAAAAUGCAAGUAGAUAAAUAGGUACCGCUCCGUUGGGAAGGUAAACGGCGUUUCCGUGCGCUGCUCUGGUUCGCCAGAAGCGGCUUAGUCAUGCUGGCCACAUGACCCGGAAGCUGUACGCUGGCUCCCUUGGCCAGUAAAGCGAGAUGAGCGCCUCAACCCCAGAGUCGGCCACUAAUGGACCCAAUGGUCUGGGGCCCCUUUAUCUUUUUAUUGUCUACUCUGAUUGGUGGCAUCUCUCCAGGGACCCCAGGCAGAGGUCUUCCAUAUCACUUGGUAGUGCCCGGAUCCUUUGGAUUCCCAGAGAUCUACAGAUUGAACCUGGGACCUUGUACAACAUGCAUAGCAUAUGCUCAACCACCACGGGACUUAGGCUCCACUCAUGCCCACAAUACUGCCCCCGCCCUUCGCCCAACAGUAAUCCAGCUAUCCUUUUCUGUACAGGAGGAAGAGAACAGCAUCUCCUUCUCCAGUUCCCCUAACAACCCCACUCUGCUUUUUAAUCUUGCUUACCAGGCUAUGCUUCCCACUGGAUGGACUGUGAGACUGUGGCUUCUGUUUAUUCUCCUUACAAUGGUACAUGCAGAGAAGAUGCUGGAUACAGGUAAAGGGGAGAGAUGGGUUUUGCACAUGUGGAGAGGGGGAGAAUGUCAGAGUUUCAACCUUUUAGCUGGCAGUGCAGCAGACCCUCUGAGUGUCCCUGUUUUCCAGGAAAGGUCCUGGAUUUUCAGAAGCCGUCCUGGAUUCUGAUUUGAUCCAAGAAUGUCCCACUUUUCCUUAAGACGUCCCUAUUUUCAUUGGAGAAAUGUUGGAAGGUAUCCUCUGUGUCUUUGGUCCAGAGACUGCAGCUGGUUGCAGCCCCAGUGGUGAGUGGGGCUUCUUCUCAGGCAGAUAUCAUACUAGUGUGAGGGAUCUGUGCUAGCUGCCUGUUAGCCACCGAGCCAGUUUUCAGGCACUGCUACUUGCACACUAAGUAACUCUGGACCAGGUUACCUGAAAAACCAUAUUCACUGCCUGCAAUCAGCUAAUGGAAUCUGGUUGGUUUUGCCAUGGCCUGAUUAUAAUCUACUUGUGGUAACAUGGAGACAGGGCCUUUUCAGUGGUGACACCAGUGUUGUUGAAUGCCUUCCCUGCUGAAAUACAAGAGGCUCUAGCAAAAAUUUUAAGCAAGGGUUCCCCUAAUUUGAACUUGUGGCUUGUUUUUACUGCUUUGAUUGUUAUGCUUUUUAACUGUUUUAUUGUACAUUUUAAUUUGAGAUGUCUUAGGGCUUAACUACACUUACCAUUUGGCCCGCUCAUUCCAGGCACUGGUCCAUGCUUAAAAGCUCUGUGUCUGAGCAGUUUUUUUACUGCUCAAAUGAAGCAAACAUAAAUUCGGGUUUUCAGCUAAUUGCUGUUUGCUCUGAUUGAGCUUUAAAGAACGGGUUUCUGCAGGGAAAGCUCCAAAGAAAAAAGAAAAAGGGGAAAAGGGGGGUGCGAUAGAAAGAGCAGAGGAAAGGUAAGUAUGACUAACCCCCUAAUGUUGUUGAGCAUUUUAAUUGUGGAUUAAUAAUAAUAAUAAUUUUUUAAAAUUUAUAUUCCGCCCUCCCCAGCCGAAGCCGGGCUCAGAGUGGGUAAUUAACUGUAUAGUUAGAAGUCAUUUCGGCAUAAAAGUGGUAUAUAAAUUAAAUAAUAGUAGUAAUCAGAAUUAAUCUCCAUUGUAUUCAAUGGAGCUUACUAGUGCUUAAGUGAGGGAGGGGAUUUCAGCCUUAUUGUCCUGUGCUUAGGGAUUGUCUGACUGCGUGUUCAUGAGGUUUAGCAGCUUCCCAACAAUGGGUUUGGAAGAGGAGAUAGAACCAGACUGGCCAACCAGACUGCCUGGGGACUGUCAGGUGUCUCAGCAGAGGACAGUGGGAGAGAGAGAGAGAGAUUGCAGGCAGAAAUCUGGCAUUAGCCCACCUGUGUUUCCUUUGCAGGUUCAUGCCAGCCUCAUCCCUCCUGCCACGAGUGCAUCCGUUCCCAUCCCAGCUGUGCCUGGUGCAAACAAAUGGUGAGUGUCAUUUUCCUUUUACCUCAGCCUAACUCUAGCAUAUCCUUUGGGGGACCAAGGAAUCAUUUUUCCCAGGGUUGGCACCUCAGAGCUUAAUUUGCUGUUAAUGUGUUUUUGUUUAAAGCGUUGGGUGGGUGGACUGACUACUCAGGACUUGAAACGCCCAAACAUGUGGCUUUUAUUCCUUUAAUACUGACACAAAGGUACUCUGCGCAUGCCCGGCGGCACCCUUUUCUCCAGCCAGCUGGUGGAGGAAAAUUGUAUUUCGGACCACCCCACCACCUGAUAUGUGGCAGCAAGCUUGACCUGCUCACUUGAGCCAACUGAAGCCUGUUGCCACUUUCCUGUCUUGCAACCUCCUCCUCCUUGCUUGAUCCGCAAGCCUUGGUGGGUUGACAGGCAAACAUUUUGGACUCCUGAUUGCACAGGAUAAUUCUCCUGGUCCAAGCAGUUGUGCCCGUUGGCAAAAGAGGCGAAACAUUUCCUUGAAGGUGGCAGCAUCCGGAGGUGGCAAGCUACCAGCCUGGCCUCUGACUCACCCCUUGUCCUUUCACUGUGGUUUCUCUCGCACAGACUUUCUCUUAAACUGUGCAAGAGGAGGUCGUGUACUGAGUCAGCAAGAAUCUAAACCAGCAGCACUCUGGAAAUUUGAGGCUCUUGAAGCCCCUUCUUUAAAGAAGCAGAUGUGAAGGAAUAUAUCCCAUAUAAUGAUAUAAAGAGUGCCUCUGAGCGCGUACAGUGCUGUGUGUGUGUGUAUGUGUACAGAGACUGAGGAGGAGAGAAUUAGGGAGCACAGCUUCCUUCUGGGACAGAUGGUGGUACCUCGGGUUAAGUACUUAAUUCGUUCCGUAGGUCCGUACUUAACCUGAAACUGUUCUUAACCUGAAGCACCACUUUAGCUAACGGGGGCCUCCUGCUGCCGCUGCGCCGCAGGAGCACGAUUUCUGUUCUUAUCCUGAAGCAAAGUUCUUAACCUGAAGCACUAUUUCUGGGUUAGCGGAGUCUGUAACCUGAAGCGUAUGUAACCUGAGGUACCACUGUACUUAACCCAAGGGACCACUGUACGAUGAUACUCUCUGUAACUGACUGUCCUAGCUCACGUUCACGAGGCAGCUGAUGAGGACCAACAUAUCACUUCCUAACAGGAUCAGUGUACGCAUUUUAGCAUAGCACCGCAAGACAACCGUUUCCUGUCCGCCCACAGGGCAGCAGGCCAUAAAACUGUAAUAAUAUCCCUCCGCUGACAUCACCCGUAGCCCUGGCUCUCUCUUAACAUGGCAGGCUUGGUGAGUCUCAUCUGGGGAGGGGGAAAGACCUCACCUUGUCUCAGGAAAUCUUUCCCAGAACCCUCUUUGCUGAAAUGAUAAAGGCCCAAUGCCCUUCCACCCUCCUACCCUGUAGAGCUGGCCCCCACACCCAGUACCACCCCCUCAAAAAAACCCAAACACCAAAACCACACUUCCUUGAAAAUAACUAUUACUCUCACUACCCACUGUUCAUCCUCCCAGUGCCGGAAAGCCAACCAGGUGCCCUGCUAGCCAUGAGGGAAAGAGUCGCUCACCACAUCCUGCCCAGAUGUUUGCGUUCAGGCUGAGGCUUAAUUUUUAUGAAUUGUACAUGUGCGCACAUGCCUUGCCACUUUCGUUACUGUAAAUUGCCUUGUGAGUUUUUAACAGCGGCGGCGCACUGAGGGUGGUGAGAGAGAGAGAGAUCCUUUGAUCAGACGUAGAUUUAAAACCAUUAUAAUUGGUUUAAUGAUAAACCCUCUCCUGGAUCUCUCAGGCCUUUCUGAUCUUAACGGUUUUGUUUCUAAAAGGAACCAGUUUCCUAAAAGAAAGGUAGGCAUAGGACUAACUUUGCUGCACAUGCUGCACAUUUGGGCAUGUGUUGUUGUUGUUUAGUCAUGUCCAACUCUUCGUGACCCCAUGGACCAGAGCACGCCAGGCACUCCUGUCCUCCACUGCCUCCCGCAGUUUGGUCAAACUCAUGCUGGUAGCUUCGAGAACACUGUCCAACCAUCUCGUCCUCUGUCGUCCCCUUCUCCUUGUGCCCUCCAUCUUUCCCAACAUCAGGGUCUUUUCCAGGGAGUCUUCUCUUCUCAUGAGGUGGCCAAAGUAUGGGAGCCUCAGCUUCAGGAUCUGUCCUUCCAGUGAGCACUCAGGGCUGAUUUCCUCCAGAAUGGAGAGGUUUGAUCUUCUUGCAGUCCAUGGGACUCUCAAGAGUCUCCUCCAGCACCAUAAUUCAAAAGCAUCAAUUCUUCGGCGAUCAGCCUUCUUUAUGGUCCAGCUUUCACUUCCAUACAUCACUACUGGGAAUUUGGCCAUGUAUGCAUCAGUAAAAAAGGAGAGAAUGCCUCACUCUGCCCACCCCAUACAAGAUGCAGAUUUGCAUAGCAUUUGCAUAUACUAAGUUCAUGCAAAUUAUGGAAUAAUUACUGUAAUUUUAAAAGGAAUAUGCCACAUCUCACUGGGUGGGUGUUGCCACAAGGUGGCUCCUGUUUCUGCCCAGGCUGCUGUUUAGGGUGCUGCUAACUAUUGAUGGCCUAACUUCAAGGCCUCCCUGUCCUCUUUCUUCUUACGGUUCUUUAUCUUUAUCUUGGGCCACAACUUUGUAAGCUUCUAUUGUGUUACCUCUUACUCCAAUCAGGUAAAGGGGACCAUUAGGUCCAGUCGUGGCCGACUCUGGGGUUGUGUGCGCUCAUCUCGCUUUAUUGGCCGAGGGAGCCGGCGUACAGCUUCAUGGUCAUGUGGCCAGCAUGACUAAGUCGCUUCUGGCGAACCAGAGCAGCGCACGGAAACGCUGUUUACCUUCCCACCAGAGUGGUACCUAUUUAUCUACUUGCACUUUGAAGUGCUUUCGAACUGCUAGGUUGGCAGGAGCAGGGACCGAGCAACGGGGCUCACCCCGUCACAGGGAUUCGAACCACCGACCUUCUGAUCAGCAAGUCCUAGGCUCUGUGGUUGAACCCACAGCGCCACCCGCGUCCCAUAAACCUCCAAUAAACACCCCUAAAUGCUACAACUUUUCCUCAUGGAGAUGCCAGACCCACCUGAUCAUUUUGCUUGCCCUUUUCUGAAGCUUUCCCUGUUUGAAGUGGGGCUGCCAGUACUGUACACACUGUUCCAUCUUCUUCCUUGUCGCUGCUUGCAUGAGUAGAGAGGGCAGGUGAGCAGAACAAUGACUGCAGGAAGGAGGAGGACGACGACUAUCAGGACCAGCAGGCUCUGAGGGGUGGGCAUUGCGCCCACUAGAAGGGGCGUGAGCCUGGGCAGCUGCCGGAAUGGUGACCCUGAUAGCCUGAGACGUGCUUUGCACUUUCUGUCUUAUGGUGUGUGUGGAAAAGAGACUGAUCUCAGCACCCCAUAGGAUAGGUAGGGGGGUAAAUCGUUUAUCUGGCUGCAACAGCAAUUCAAAGACAAAGCAGCAUUCGGGCCUGCAGUUUUUUCACCUAUAAAACAGGAAACCACUGCCGCUCAACUGAUAAGGCGAUGGCGGCUGCCUUUCUGCAUGUUUGGUCAAUUUUGGUAGUGGGUUGGGAGAAGAGUAGAGGGGGGAAGGGGUCCAGGCGUUGUUGCUUUUACUGCAGAGGAGCUCCUCCAGUGCCACACGAGACAAUGGUGGUUCCUUCAUUGCCAUGUGCUUCUAAGCAGGUGGACGACGGCUGAUGACGACUGUGAUAAAAGUGUGAUUCUGUAGUUUGCAUAUCGAGUACAGUAAUAUAGGGAGAUCCCCAAUGGGGGGGGGGCACCACCACGGCUUUCACAGCAGGUGGGGCCAUCCACUAUGAGGCAUUUGCCAUUCCUGUACCAACCAAACUAACCUCUGAGAGAGGUUACUUUGAUAGCCAGUGUCGUGUAGUGGUUAAGAGCAGUAGACUCGUAAUCUGGUGAACUGGGUUCGCGUCUCCGCUCCUCCACAUGCAGCUGCUGGGUGACCUUGGGCCAGUCACACUUCUCUGAAGUCUCUCAGCCUCACUCACCUCACAGAGUGUUUGUUGUGGGGGAGGAAGGGAAAGGAGAAUGUUAGCCGCUUUGAGACUUCUUCAGGUAGUGAUAAAGCGGGAUAUCAAAUCCAAACUCUUCUUUUCUUCUCUGCCGUCAAGCUCUAAUAAGCUACAUUGGGCAAAGGCUGAAAGAGCAAGCAUUUGGCAGUACUCGAUUUCAAGUGCUGUCAGGCUGUUAAAACUGCCAUUGAUCCUGAACAACAGAAGUAGAUGGUUUUCUGGAUGCAUCUUUUUUAAAUUAUUAUUAAAGAUUUUCUUGAUUUACAGAAGUAUGUGUAAUGUCUCUCUUGUAUUUUUUCCAUGUAACAUUUUUACAAAUCAGUUUCAUUUGUUGAGACAUUAGGAAGAAAAGGGAGAGAGGGGUGAAGAUGGGGUGGGGUGGGGGGCGAUGUUUCUAUUUUGCUUAAUGUAUGUGGGGUUUGGUGUCAGCGUUGCUCGUGUAGGUUCUCUGCUGUUCAUUUGUGUUUCGUUGGUGGUGAGAGAGGUUGGGGUUGGCCUAGGGUGUGGUUGUUUGUGAUUGGCUGUGGUGGUCUUUGUUUUCAUGUGUGAGUGGGGUGGGUGGGUGUUUUGGAUCAGGUUAGCCAUAUUGAUUUGUAUGCUGUUGGUGGAUAAUUGUCAUUGUCUUGUUGGGCUGUGUAUGUGAUAAAGGGGCGCCAUACCGGGGUAAAGGUGUCUUCUUCUGUUUGUCCCCGUGUCAGUUUCAGUUUAUUGGUUAAUUUUUCUAGUAAGGCUGUUUCCCAUACUAUUUGGUACCACUGGUUCUGGACGGAUCUUCUGAAAUGGUACUAACAGCAGUUUCAAAGGGAGAGUGAAGAUGAACAAAUCCCUUGCAAGCUAGUUGCAGCAAGUCUCGGAGGGUUAAGAAGUUACAGAUUCCGACCCAGGUUUCACUAGUUCCUUGAUCACUCUGAGGAGCCAUGCUGGAUGCAGUGGUGGCUGAGAAGUCAUUUUUCUUUGCCACCACCGCAUUUUAGCCACCGCCAUGUGCUCCAGCCUGUGUUUGGCUGGCUUCGUUAAAAGAUUUGUGAUAUGCUCCAGCUGUCGCCCAGCCUGCUUCAUUGUCUGAAGUUCACUGGAAAACCCUGAGCUCUACAGCGUCAGAGGAGUGAUCCCAUUGAUUUUCUUGCUAUUCCAUAGUAAGAUUAGGUCCUUGGCAGGAGCAUCAGUCUUGCUGUCCAGAAAAUCCCCAUGGCAUUCAGGAAUCCCUCGGAUACCAUAAGUCUGCCAGGGAAUGGGAUAACAGAUUGGUCCCCCAGCACCCCUACGGGUCAAACCUCCCCGGGAAAUGGUCCAGCCAUGACAAAGGUGUAAGUAUGCCACUCACAGCCAUAGAACAAAAACCAAUUUACUGAGACAUUGCUACGAAUGUAUAAGUGAAUUUUAAAAACGAAAACCAUACUUUUUUGAAAGUUUUGGGAAUGAGGAACCUGUGACCUUCCAGAUCUUGCUAGACUACAGUUCCCAUCACCCCUCACCAUUGGCUAUGUUGACUGAGAUUCGGCAACUUUUUGGAGGGCCAUAGUUGCCCCAUUCUUCUUUUAGAUUACUGUAUUUUUCGCUCUAUAAAACACACUUUUCCCCUCCUAAAAAGUAAGGGGAAAUGUGUGUGCAUCUUAUGGAGCGAAUGCUGUUCUGGCUUCUGGGAUAGCUGCGCAGCCUCUUCGGGGCAGGGGGAACCUUCAUCCCGCUGCCAUGAAGAGGCUGCGCAGCUAUCCCAGAAGCCAGAAGAGCAAGAGGGAUCGGUGCGCACCGAUCCCUCUUGCUCUUCUGGCUUCGGGAAUAGCCAUGCAAAGCCUCUUGAGCAAAGAGGGAGCGCUCCUUUCUCUUCGCUCAAGAGGCUUUGCAUUGCUUUCUUGUUUCUUGUUUUCCUCCUCUAAAAACUAGGUGCAUCUUAUGGUCAGGUGCAUCUUAUAGAGCGAAAAAUACGGUAUGUGCUGGACUGCCAACUCCCAUCAGCCCCAGUCAACAUGUUCGAUGGUCAGGAAUGAGUUGCCCUGCGUUCCAUGCAUUUUUGCAGCCAUUUGGAGAAAGUCAUCUUUGCUCCAAUGCCUGUUCCCAUAUGUUAUUUCUCACCUGCCCCUCCGAAAGGAGGAUGUAUGUUCACGGAAGCAAUGCUGGAAACUUGUCCGCUUCCCAUUCCCCCCCCCUCCCUCCAGGAUUUUGUGCAAGCGGGUGAGUCGGACAUGGAGCGCUGUGCCCCUCGGGUGGAGCUGGAGCGUCGUGGCUGCCUCCCCAGUGAAAUAAUGGAUCCACACAGCGGGCAGCGUGUGCUGGAGGACAGGCCCCUGAGCAACAGCACCCAGCGCCAGAGCUUCACUCAGCUUGCCCCACAGAGAAUUGCUCUUCAGCUUCGGCCUGGUAGGUCCUCUCUCCAGCCUGCCUUUUGCCAGUUUGGGUUGUGUUGGGGUGGGUGGGAGAUAGUGAUGUCAAAUUCUCGAGAAUAAUAUUCUCGAGAAUAUUCUCAAUCAAUGAGAAUAUUAGAGAAUUUUCAUUUAAAAUAGGAGAAUAUUCAUUUUCAUGCAUUGAAAAUGAUAUAAUUUUAAUGCAUUGAAAAUGAUAUAAUUUUAAUGCAUUGAAAAUGAUAUAAUUUUAAUGCACUGAAAAUGAUAUAAUUUUAAUGCAUUGAAAAUGAUAUAAUUAGUUAAUAUACAUGUUUGUUCAUGGGUUAACUUGUUCAGAUGGCAACCAAAAAUUGUACAGAUUCUUUUACUCAAUGGGGCAGUGCAGUGAAUUCACAUUCUUAGAUUUUUUUUUUUUGCACCAAACUUGAAAUUGAAAAUCCAACGUGAAUGACUCACUUUAAUCACUGAGCCUGCCACUAUCCGUAUAUUUACCAUCAACUUUGAAUUCGAAUUAUGUUGUGUAUGUAUGAAAUGUAGCUUUUAAAGAAAAAGGAAUAUAAAAAUGUUCAUCAAAUUAAAUGAAUAGCAUUUUUAAAACCUGGGGGGGGGGGGAAUGUUUUCUGUAGCUUACAUUUCAGAACUGCCGAUGGUGAAUGACACAAUGCCCAGUAAUGUAACUGGAUCAAAAAAAUAAUUAUUCAUUACUUACACUGGCAACAUCACAGCUUGACUUAUAAUUUACUCAAUUUUUAAAAUGUGGGUUGUAAAACUAGUUAUUACAUUAGAAUUUGCAGUUUGUAGAGAAUGUUCUCUGGAUAAUUUUCUAGCAGAGAAUAUUCUCAUUCUCAAUAAUAUUCUGGGAGAGAUGGCUGUUUGGCAGGGAUGCUUCAGGGAGAAGCACUGUCUUCCUCCUCUCUCCUUCUGUGAAAUCUGCACUUGCUCCCUGUCUUGGGUCAGCAUCCAAAGGCAGAGCAAUGGCCAGCUUCGAUUAAACUUCUCCUGACCUCUCUCCUUCACCGAUACGAUGUAUGUGGAAGAAAUAAAGAAUCGUGAAUCCACACAGCUUUCUCCAGCCUUCCUUUUGCCAGUUCGGGUUGUGUAUCCCUCAGUUGUUUCCUGCGACUCGAAAUGGCAUUAGGGCCACCAGCACAACAGUUAAUAGGCAAACCUUCAGCAAUUUGUGUUAUUGAUGUGAGUUGGAUAUAAUCUUUAUGCGAGGCACUCAUCAUUUAUUAUUAUUAAUUACCCACACUUCACCGUAAGGUCCCAGGACAGGUUAAAACAAUUCAAACACAAUAUUGAAAACAGUUUAAAACAAUAUAGCAGUUGUAGUCUCCCAAAACGAUGUUUAUUUUUUCCUGUCCAUUGCAUAUCUGCGGCUUCGUACGCACCAUAGCAUUAAAGCACAUUUGAAACACAUUCUUUCUCUCAGAGAAUUCUGGGCACUAUAGUUUACACGUCACAGAGUUACAAUUGCAAGUGACCCUUUACAAACUACAAUGCCCAGAAUCCUUUGAGGGAAAGAAUGGGCUUUGAAUGGGCUUUGGAUAUAAGAAGGACAUGCCCAUUCAUUAUUGCAUGUAUGUUGCUGGUGGUGAUCAUGCUGUUAGGAAUUACUUGGAACACUGUAGUCCUUCCACUUUUUUGGAAGUGAGUUCAUGGUUUGGACAUGUCCAAACCAUGAUCUGAUGUGGGAAUUGUAAAUUACAUUUCUAUUUAUUUAAAAGACUUUAAUCAUACUGGAUUUCAGGGUGAUAAAGGUAAAGGGACCCCUGACCAUUAGGUCCAGUCGUUACCGACUCUGGGGUUGCGGUGCUCAUCUCGCUUUAUUGGCCAAGGGAGCUGGCAUACAGCUUCCGGGUCAUGUGGCCAGCAUGACUAAGCCGCUUCUGGUGAACCAGAGCAGCGCACGGAAACACUGUUUACCUUCCCGCCAGAGCGGUACCUAUUUAUCUACUUGCACUUUGACGUGCUUUCGAACUGCUAGGUUGGCAGGAGCAGGGACCAAGCAACGGGAGCUCACCCUGUCGCGGGGAUUCGAACCGCCGACCUUCUGAUCAGCAAGUCCUAGGCUCUGUGGUUUAACCCACAGCGCCACCCACGUCCCUCGUGUAUCAGGGUGAUACACAGCAUAAAAUAAACACUGCCAGGGGGAGAGGGCGCUGAGGGAGAGGAAGCAAGCAAAUGGCUCAUAAUAGGCUAAAACCUCUCCAAUUAAAUUGGUAAAAAAAUCCAUUUAAAAUCUGGCUGAAGAAAAAUGUUUUGCCUAGUAUCUAAAAGAUUGUGGUGCUGGCACGAGGGAGACACUUGCUUCUGUUAAUAGCUUGCGUACAUCUCUGACGGAAGAGGUACAUUGAGAACGGCCUUGGCCUGGUGAUCUGAAAACAGGGUCGGAGGGACCCUGUGGCCUUCUGGGUGUUGCUGUUGGACUCCUGCCCCCAUCAGCCCCAGACAGCCCAUGAUGAUGGAUGUCAAGAGUUGUAACCUAACAACCACUGGGGACUCCCCAGGUUCCCAGUCCCUGGCUAAAAUGAGACUCAGCACUCCUUCACAACAUUGGAAAGCAUAUGGACGGUAUCUUGGUAGCACUGAGGAUUUGAGUCCCUCUUCCUUCCUACUCUGUGCAUACAGGAGAGGAACAGAGGGUCACGGUGCGCUUCAGACGGGCUGAAGGUUACCCCGUGGACCUGUACUAUCUCAUGGACCUGUCGUACUCCAUGAAGGACGACCUGGAGAACAUCAAGCGGUUGGGGAACCAUCUGCUAGCUGCCCUACGUGACGUCACCACUUCAGUGAAGAUUGGUAUGCUGUGGUGAUGGUGGUGAUGGUGGCAGUUGCAGGGCUGGGAGGUGGGUUAGGCUGAGAGAUAGCAAUCAGUUUGGAUAUCCUAAAAAACCCCAAGGAAAAUCUUUCUGUAUGCCACCACAGCUGCGAGGGUUAUAAUAGCUACACAUUGGAAAAGCAGAUAUAUACCCACCACAUCUGAUUGGAUACAAAAGCUAACAGAGUAAGCAGAGUUAGACUACUUAUCAGAAAGAAUCAAAGAUAAACCCCAAAAGGAGUUUGUCUCAAAUUGGAACUGUUUUAAGGAACACUUGAAGAGUAAUUGCUGCAGUCUGAAAACGGUGACGGCCUUUGAGUACCGUAUUUUCCGGCGUAUAAGACGACUGAGCGUAUAAGACGACCCCCCAACUUUUCCAGUUAAAAUAUAGAGUUUGAGAUAUACUCGCUGUAUAAGACUACCCCUCUUCCAACACACACCAAAUAAAAAUUAAAAAAACCAGUCUCCAGUCCGGCUCAGAAAUCCGCUCCACUUCCCAGUGGCCGGGGGCUUCUGGGGCCAAUUUUCAAGCGUAUUUCUGCUUCAUCUAGAGAGCUUGGUGUCCUCUCAUUUAAUUUGCUGUCGUUUUAUCCUUUGUUGGGGAGUUGCUGCAGGAGCUGCUGCUGUAGCCGGCGUAUAAGACUACCCCCAACUUUUGAGAAGAUUUUCCUGGGUUAAAAAGUAGUCUUAUACGCCAGAAAAUACAGUAGUUUUUGUGGAUAACAAUUUUAGAAGGAAAAUUGAUACGUAAGAAAAUAUUAUAAAUAAAAAGAUAAUGGAUAAAUAUAGGCAAUAGGUUUAUUAGUACAAAACGGAAGAGACGGGAAGUCACUUAUUUAUGAGGAAUAUUAUGAUUUCAAAAUUACAUCUUUUUUCUUCUUCUUUAUGUACAGUAAUGCUUGCCGAUCUAUAAUAAUAAUUAUGAACAUACUUUGAAAACACGAAUAUGUAUAAUUGUAAGAUGUAAAGUUAUGAUGCAGAGCUGUACUUGUGAGUAAUAAAGGAAAACUACCGUAAUUUUAAAAGAGAGAGAUAUGGCGAUCGGCCCAUCAUGGCCCGAGUGGUGGCUCUGAACCUUCCCAAGUCCUAUUUCCGACCCUCUUUGACACCGCAUGGGCUUUCAAACACACUGUUAGAUGACGGGAAACAGCAGGAUUUCUUUGUUGCAGGGUUUGGCUCCUUUGUUGACAAGACGGUGCUGCCCUAUGUGAACACAGCACCCUCCAAAUGGCAACACCCCUGCCCUCACUUAAACGAGACCUGUCAGUCGGCGUUCAGCUACCAGCACGUGCUGACGCUCACAGACAACGCCAGCGAGUUCGAAAGCAGGGUCAGCCAGCAGCGUAUAUCUGGGAACAUGGACCCGGCUGAAGGGGGCUUUGACGCUAUCAUGCAGGCAGUCACUUGCAAGGUGAGAUGGCUUUAUGUGCAUGGCUGAUAGAGGAGGUGCGUGGCUGAGAAGGGAACGUAGGCCCUGACGACAAUAAGGCAGGCACAGGAGCAUGUGUUUGUGCGCAUGCAGACACAUAUGUGAACCCAAGCAUGUGCAAACCCUAAACUAUGCUAAUCUUCCUAUUGUACAGUGGUACCUCGGGUUAAGUACUUAAUUCGUUCCGGAGAUCCGUACUUAACCUGGAACUGUUCUUAACCUGAAGCACCACUUUAGCUAAUGGGGCCUCCCACUGCUGCCGCGCUGCUGGAGCACGAUUUCUGUUCUCAUCCUGAAGCAAAGUUCUUAACCUGAACCACUAUUUCUGGGUUAGCGGAGUCUGUAACCUGAAGCGUAUGUAACCUGAGGUACCACUGUAUAUAGUUGUGAGGUACGGGAUAAUACAUUCAGGGCGUUCCCAGACAGUCAUUGUUUUCAUUAUUAGUUCACAGUUCCCAACUAAAGCUGACCAGGAGGUCUUGCACAACAAAAAGUUCAGACUUUCUGCAAAAAGGAAAGUCGUGGAGAAAUGCAGUGGAAAGUGUGAGGCAACACUUGCUUUGACGCAACAUCUUCUAGCCUCCCUGUAAACAAAUCAGAAUAAAUGCUGAAGAAACAGGUCAUCUGGAACUGCCUGAAUGUUCAAAUUGUGCACUGUCUGCUCUGGGCAAAUGAGAACAGUACAAAGGAACAGCCCAUAGCAAUGAAGAUUUCAUACAGGGUUGGUCCACCUGAAAAUUUCAUCUCAGGCUCAACUUCCAGGUCAGGGGAUGCUGAAUUACCUACUGAUCAAUACUAUUGGGUUUCCUAACCUGGAAGCUCUACUGGUUUUGUUCCAGUCAUUAGCAGCACUUAACAGUAUUUGACAGCUGACUUGCAAUAGGUGGUUGUGUCCGACAAUUGCCAUAUAAUUUAAAUUUCAUGAAUUUAAUCCUAAAUUGUUCAGCUUAGUGGCGGGAAAUCUCUAAAUGUUGUCAGAAUCCAACCCUCAUCUUUCCCAGCCAGCAUGGUCAGUUGUCAGGGAUGAUGGAAGUUGGGAGUCUAGCAACAUAGGGAAUGCAACAAAGCUUAGCCACUUUGGUUUGGCCAAUAAAAAGAAGCCAAUUUCAAAAUUUGAAAUCCAAAAACUGAAGACAAAUGUCACUGGCAAAAUCCUGAAUGUUGAAAUCUGUAAAUGCUGUAGAUCUUGAAGUUUUGGUUCUGCUAACCUGGUACCUAAAGAUGCUAUGUUCUCGUGUAACCCUUUGCGCCCAUGUAAGGUAAAGGUAAAGGGACCAAUAGGUCCAGCAUGAGUUUGAUCAAACUGUGGGAGGCAGUGGAAGAUAGGAGUACCUGGCGUGCUCUGGUCCAUGGGGUCAUAAAGAGUCGGACACGACUAAACAACAACCACCAUUAGGUCCAGUCGUGGCCGGCUCUGGGGUUGCGGCACUCAUCUCGUUUUAUUGGCCAAGGGAGCCGGCAUACAGCUUCCGGGACAUGUGGCCAACAUGACUAAGCCACUUCUGGCGAACCAGAGCAGCGCACGGAAACGCCGUUUACCUUCCUGCUGGAGCGGUACCUAUUUAUCUACUUGCACUUUGACGUGCUUUCAAACUGCUAGGUUGGCCGGAGCUGGGACCGAGCAACGGGAGCUCACCCCGGCGCGGGGAUUCGAACCGCCAACCUUCUGAUCGGCAAGUCCUAGGCUCUGUGGUUUAACCCACAGCGCCACCCGCGUCUCUUGCCCAUGUACAGAUUACCAAAAGCAGAAAAUACUGGGCUAACUGUGGAGGAAGGCUUGCAUGUUGGAACUGCAGUGUAACUUCCCUCUCUUCUUCCAGGAGCAGAUUGGCUGGCGUAAUGUGACGAAGCUCUUGGUCUUCACUUCGGAUGGCACAUUCCACAUGGCAGGAGAUGGGAAGCUGGGUGGGGUCUACAUGCCCAACGAUGGCCGCUGCCACUUGGAUGCCAGAGGGCUAUAUACGAAAAGCCACCUAUACGUAGGUCUCUCACGGUCCUCUUGAAAAACAAAGUUAGGCAGGGAGAGAGAUUGCCUCGGGAGACAAAAGAAAACAACAAGUUGGGUGAUGUUUAUAUUAGGAUCAACCCCCAAACCACAAAAAAAUGUGGCCAGUUUUUUGAGUUCUGUAGAACUCUUCAUCAGUUAAGAAGUUACACAAGUGAAAGUCAACUGGAUAGCUCAGUUGGUUAGAGCGUGGUGCUGAUAACACCAAGGCUGCAGGUUCGAGCCCCAUAAGGGACAGCUGCAUUGCAGGGGGUUGGACUAGAUGACCGUACGGGUCCCUUCCAACUCUGUGAGUCUAUGGGAAACAGAAAGGUCAGGCCGCACCCAGGUCCUGGUGGUUAUGAUUUUGAGAUGCACACAAGCAGUAUUGGAACUGAAAACGAAAUUUGAGAUAAUGACUCAGUGCAGUUGUAUCACUUUCCUGGCUACUUAAUGUUGGUUAGGUGGUUUGUGGGUUUCUCCUCUGUUUCUUUCCCCCUUGAUCUUGCGUGCACCUCUCCACUUCCUCCCUUCUUCUCACCCAAGCACCCACCCUCCUAACACUGUGGUUGGCAUUGCAAGCGCAACAGCACCUCCCUAAUCGCAGUAUUAUGCGUGCUCACUUUUACUGAUGGUUGUAGUGGUUUUGCCACUACAUGUGAUCAUAACCAGGCUUGGCUCUGAAUGAGACCAGCUGGAAGAGAGAAGGGAAGGGAUUGUGAGGCCAAUGGGGAAGGAGGAGGUGUGUGUGAACCUGUUUCUGAUUGGCUACCUGUGGGGUGCCCCACAUUCCCCAAACAGUGCUAGCCAAUGAAGUGCAGAGAAUCAUGAUGCUGCAGAAGAGUUAACUCCCACUACAGAAGGAGAGCUAGACGUUAAGAGCCAUUUUUGGUGGCAGGUGUGUUAUGUAACAUCACAUCUCGUGUGGACAUUGGGAGUGAAUGCUGUGGAACAAUUCCAAGAUGGCUUAUUCAGCACGAAGAAUAGUCUUGUGAAUGCCCUGUUUUGUGUGCUUUGAAUAAAGUUGGCAGCUAGUGAUUUAGAGUAGGGAGGGAUGGCUUCUGUUCCUACUACUACUACUACUACUACUACUACUACUAUUAUAUAAAUAAUUUAUUAUUUAUACCCCGCCUAUCUGGCAGGGUUUCCCCAACCACUCUGGGUGGCUACCAAACAUCAAACAUUAAGAACUUCCCUAAACAGGGUCGCCUUCAGAUGUCUUCUAAAAGUCAGGUACAGUGGUACCUCGGGUUACAUAUGCUUCAGGUUACAGACACUUCAGGUUACAGACUCCACAAACUCAGAAAUAGUACCUCGGGUUAAGAACUUUGCUUCAGGAUGAGAACAGAAAUUGUGCUCCGGCGGCGCGGUGGCAGCAGGAGGCCCCAUUAGCUCAAGUGGUGCUUCAGGUUAAGAACAGUUUCAGGUUAAGAAUGGACCUCCAGAACAAAUUAAGUACUUAACCCGAGGUACCACUGUAGUUGUUUAUUUCCUUGACAUCUCAUGGGAGGGCGUUCCACAGGGCGGGUGCCACCACCAAGAAGGCCCUCUGCCUGAUUCCCUGUAACCUCACUUCUCGCAGUGAGGGAACUGCCAGAAGGCCCUCGGAGCUGGACCUCAGUGUCCGGGCUGAACAAUGGGGCUGUAGAUACUCCUUCAGGUAUAGUGGGCCGAGCCCAUAUAGAAACUGCCCCAUGGUUAGUUAGCCCCAUUGCUUGGCUCAGGCUCUCCAAGGCCUACCAUCAAAGGCCCUUUCAACUGGAGGUGCCAAGGGCUGGAUCUGGGACUUUCAGCCUGCAAAGCAGGAGCCAGGAGCAAGGAGCCAUUAGAGACAGAAUCUGGUGUUCUUAGCAGCACAGGAAACCCAAAAUUUAGCUGAAAUGGGCCUAAAUUCAGUGGCAGAAGGUCUCGGGCUCACUCCCUGACAUCUCCAGGUAGGGCUUAUCUGAACCCAGAGAGCUGCUGCCAGUCAGUUUAGACACUCCUGAGCUGGACAGAUCAACAGACCCUACCUGCCCACAGUCUCGCCAGAGUGGUGCAUGCUCUAGUUAUCUCUUACUUGGACUACUGCAAUGCGCUCUACGUGGGGCUACCUUUGAAGGUGACCCAGAAACUACAACUAAUCCAGAAUGCGGCAGCUAGACUGGUGACUGGGAGCGGCCGCUGAGACCAUAUAACACCGAUCUUGAAGACCUACACUGGCUCCCAGUAUGUUUCCGGGCCCAAUUCAAAGUGUUGGUGUUGACCUUUAAAGCCCUAAACAGCCUUGGUCCAGUAUACCUGAAGGAGCGUCUCCACCUCCAUCGUUCUGCCCGGACACUGAGGUCCAGUGCCGAGGGCCUUCUGGCGGUUCCCUCGCUGCGAGAAGCCAAGUUACAGGGAACCAGGCAGAGGGCCUUCUCGGUAGUGGCACCCGCCCUGUGGAACGCCCUCCCACCAGAUGUCAAAGAGAAAAAUAACUACCAAACUUUUAGAAGACAUCUGAAGGCAGCCCUGUUUAGCGAAGCUUUUAAUGUUUAAUAGGUUACUGUAUUUUAGUGUUUUGUUGGAAGCCGCCCAGAGUGGCUGGGGAAACCCAGCCAGAUGGGCGGGGUAUAAAUUAUAUUAGUAGUAGUAGUAGUAGUAAUAGUAGUAGUAGUAGUAGUAGUAGUAGUAGUAAACAGUCUGACUCUGUACAAGAUCUCAUCCAGUGUCCCAACAGCCUGAAAGUCAAGAUCUUGGCUUAAAACAUUCAAAGUGGCUGACGACAUAAAUUCAUACAAUGUAUUUUUCAGCAUUAAUACCAAGGUUUAUGGAAUCUGUGGCCCUCCAGGUGUUACUGAACUCUCAACUCCCAUUGGUCCCAGCCAGCAUGACCACUCUUGGGAGCUAGGAGUUGUAGUCCACCUGACAUCUGAUGGGGCACAGGUUAGCCACUCUUGGUUUAGAUCUUUUUUAUCUGAAGUGCAGAGAGUCAAGGCUUCCAGAUUCUAACCCCCACCUCCGGCAAGAGAGGUAAAUGUAGAGUGGGGGAAGAGAGGAAAAUCUAAGCGGAGACUUCUUUGAACGUGACCCCAUUCUCUUGUCUCUUUGCAGGACUACCCCUCAGUUGCGCACUUGGCUGAGGUGCUGUCUGAAUCUAACAUCCAGGCCAUAUUUGCUGUGACUGGGCCCAGGCUUUCUAUGUAUGAGGUGAGUGCUGAACCGGAAGGCAGAGGAGUAGGGGAAACCUGAGGGGUGUUUGUGUGUCGCUCACUCUGACUUUUCCCUUUCCCCUCAGGAACUGAGCAGGCUCAUUCCCAAGUCUGUGGUUGGGGAACUGAUGGAGGAUUCCAGCAACGUGGUGCAGCUCAUCGCAGAUGCCUACAGUGUAAGGCUGAGUAUGGGUAGCAAGGGGCAGAGCCCCCUGGGGAGGGCAAAAAAGGCCCACAGGAGCCCCCUGGAAUAGAGCCAAGCCCGAAGGGGGAAUGGACAUUCUGUGUCCAUUGAGAGCCAGUGUGGUGUAGUGGUUAAGAGCGGUAGUCUCGUAAUCUGGGGAACCGGGUUCGCGUCUCCGCUCCUCCACUUGCAGCUGCUGGGUGACCUUGGGCCAGUCACACUUCUUUGAAGUCUCUCAGCCCCACUCACCUCACAGAGUGUUUGUUGUGGGGGAGGAAGGGAAAGGAGAAUGUUCGCCACUUUGAGACUCCUUAAAGGGAGUGAAAGGCGGGAUAUCAAAUCCAAACUCUUCUUCUCCUUACCGUAUUUUUCGCCCCAUUAGACGCACCUAGUUUUUAGAGGAGGAAAACAAGGAAAAAAAAUAUUCUGAACGAAACACUGGAUGUAUGAUUUUUGUGGAGCAGGCUGUAGCCAUGGACAUGCUAUGUGAUCUGAUGGUGAAUUUGGGGUGACCCAGUGCAAAAAUCCUGAGGAUCCAUGGGCUUUUACCUCCCCCCUCCCAGGCAGCCUCCUUUAUCUCUAGUGUCCCUUAUCUCCCUCCCCGAUCGCUUGCCGAUCAGCUGCUUCCUUUCAACACCCACUUCCCUCUUUCAAAAAAGAAAGAAAGCAUGAUCUGCUUUUCACCCCUGGGCAAUUCGGCUCCAGGGACCACGCAUUCACUCCAUAAGACGCACAGACAUUUCCCCUUACUUUUUAGGAAGAAAAAAGUGUGUCUUAUGGAGUGAAAAAUACGGUAAUUAUAUUUUCAAGGUGGACACCACCACCACCGGAGCCAUGUUAGCCUAUUGCACCAAACGAAGGUUCACAUUUUCAAUAUGAAAAGCAUGUCCCAUCUAGAAUUUUAUUUAUAUUUAUUUAUUAUAAGGUGGUGUCCGUAGUUCUCUCCACCCCCAAUGUUAUCCUCACAACAACCCUGUGAAGUAGGAGGCUGAGAGAAAGUGGUUUGGCUUGCACCUCAAGGUAAGCCAAGGUAUGGCUUACUGUGACUGCCUGAACGUUCUGGCUUCCAGUGAUGAACUUGCACCCACUUUCCUCCUCACUGGGCCUUUUAGUUCAAUGUUAGGAUAGUAGCUAAGCCAAUGUUUGACUUAGCGCAUUAUCCAAGCCUGGGGUCAUGGUUAAGGUCUCUCCAACCUUAGCCCAUGGCCUGAACCAAUAGGACACACCCUCGUGACUGAGGAGGAGAAACAUGCAAAACCAAGCCAUGGCUUAGCUACCACAUCACACUCACCAGGGAGGAGCAAAGCCAGGAGGGAGUUCAUACUAAGCCAUAUUUUGGCAUAGCUGUGAACACAGCCAGAGUCCCAAAUUCACCCAGUGAGCUUCAUGGCAGUGUUGGGUUUUGAUUCCUGGUUUCCCAGAUCCUAGUCCAACACACCACACUGUAUACAGGGCAAGGAAGACCUUUUCAUCUAGGGGAGAUUAGCUAGUGAUCCUGAACGCAAUUCUUCCUGGCCUGGCUUGCAUGCUUGAGUUACCUUGAGCCACCUGUGGGUCCACAUUGAUGCUACAGUAUGUCUGAAGUUAAGCGAGGGUGGACCUGGUGACUGCCUGCAUGAAGACUGCUGGGGAACCGCAUGCGAUCUGCUGGAACUUUGCUCAGAUAAAGGUUUUGUGAGUCAGCUUCUGCGGCACUGCGAACUGCCUGGAUGGGAAGCCACCUGUGUCUCUCAGAGCUUCCCUGGCCAAGAACAGGAUACAAGUGAAUAAGGGACAUGGGUGGCGCUGUGGUCUAAACCACUGAGCCUCAUGGGCUUGCCGAUCAGAAGGUUGGCGGUUCGAAUCCCCAUGACGGGGUGAACUCCCAUUGCUCUGUCCCAGCUCCUGCCAACCUAGCAGUUCAUAAAGCACGCCAGUGUAAGUAGAUAAAUAGGUACUGCUGUGGCGGGGAGGUAAACAGUGUUUCUGUCACAGUGUUCCAUUGUGCCAGAAGCGGUUAAUAAUAAUAAUAAUAAUAAUAAAUUUAUUUAUACCCCGCCCAUCUGACUGGGUUUCCCCAGCCACUCUGGGCGGCUUCCAACAAAAUAUUAAAAUACAGUACAGUGGUACCUCUUGUUACGUACUUAAUUCGUUCUGGAGGUCCAUUCUUAACCUGAAACUGUUCUUAACCUGAAGCACCACUUUAGCUAAUGGGGCCUCCCGCUGCUGAUGCGCCGCCGCCGCACGAUUUCUGUUCUCAUUCUGAAGCAAAGUUCUUAACCCGAGGUAAUAUUUCUGGGUUAGCAGAGUCUAUAACCUGAAGCGUAUGUAACCUGAGGUACCACUGUAUUCUGUUAAACAUUAAAAGCUUCCCUAAACAGGGCUGCCUUCAGAUGUCUUCUAAAAGUCUGGUAGUUGUUUUUCUCUUUGACAUCUGGUGGGAGGGUGUUCGACAGGGCGGGUGCCACAUGACCCGGAAAGCUGUCUGGACAAACGGCGGCUCCCUCAGCCUGAAAGUGAGAUGAGCACCACAACCCCAUAGUCACCAUUGACUGGACUUAAUCAUCCAGGGGUCCUUUUUACAAGUGAAUGGAACAAGAAAGCACUUCUGUUCUGAACCAGAUUUGCUGAUUCUGCCCUCUGCUGGCAGUGGAUAGUAGGUAACUUCCAGCUAAGACUGUGGACACAUUUGGAACAUACAUACUCUCUCAAAGAAUCCUGGGAACUGUAAUUUGCCUCUCGGAGCUAUAGUUCCCAGAAUUCUUCAAAUGUAUGGUGUGUACUGCAUAUGCUUAAAUUAUGCAUAGAGGAGACACUGGAAUAAAUGAAUGAAAGUCUGUUGUCUGCAAUGGGUCUACUCCCAUGACUAGUAUUGGAUAUCACCCACUGAUCAGGUCUGGGGAUUCAUGAGCCCUGGAAGAGACUAUGAAUGUAAUAGUGAGCUAGAAUACUAAUAAGUUCAAAGUGCAUUACAUACCCCAAUAUGAUUUAUAACAACCCUGUAAAGUUGUCCAGCAUUAUCCCACGCCGAGUGCCGAGUCUCAGCAAAUUACUGGGUUGGGCUUUGGAUCUUUGGAUCUUCAGCUCAGCAACUGGUGCUACAGUGUCAGAAGGCAGACACAGACACUCGCCCGAAGUCUAGGCUCACGUUCUCAUGGCCGGUCUCCCCACAGAGCCUCUCGUCCACCGUGAACUUGGUGCACUCUUCAGACCUUGCUCCUGGCAUAGCCAUUGCUUACGACUCGUACUGUGGCGACUCGGAAACUUCUGGACGCACGCAGGGUGGGGAAUGCCUAGGCGUACGCGUCAACCAGCAGGUAAGCACUUAGAUCGGGGGUGGCGAACCCAAUCUAAGCCUACGUGUCCCUUGGAACUCCCCCGAGGCCACACCUCCUCUUUACAGGCCACACCCCCUUUACAGCCUGAGUGUUCUUGAACUCUGACAAGGCCUCUUGCUUGUCUGUAUGGAGUAUAGUGUGUGUGUGUGUGGAGAAACAAGCCUACUGUAGAAAGGUAAAAUUUGUAAUAGUUACCUGCCCAUUUUUAGCCACCACUGUCAUGUGGUCCUUGGAUGGUUGUCCAGAAGGGAGAGUGGCCCCUCAGGCAGAAAAGCCCUCCCCACUCCUGGCCUAUUAAGUCAGUGCUUUCUAAUUGUUCCAAGGCAUCAGGGUUGGCUCAGUUGGAGCAAAACAGGGAGGGAGGAACAGAGACAUCUAGAAGGGGGGGGGGGAGAACAGUAAUGAUGUUUAGAACAGGGAGGGAGGAAUAGUAGAGGCAUCUAGAACAGGAAGGGAGGAACAGUAAAGAUGUUUAGAACAGGGAGGAAGGAACAGUAGAACAGGGAGGGAGGAAUAGUAGAGACAUCUAGAACAGGAAGGGAACAGUAGGGUGUUAGGAGCAGGAGGAAGGAACAUUGGUCAUCUAGAACAGGAAGGGAACAGUAGAGAUGUGUAGAACAGGGAGGAACAGUAGAGGCAUCUAGAACAGGAAGGGAACAGUAGAGAUGUGUAGAACAGGGAGGAACAGUAGAGACAUCUAGAACAGGAAGGGAACAGUAGAGAUGUGUAGAACAGGGAGGGAGGAACAGUAAAGAUGUUUAGAACAGGGAGGAAGGAACAGUAGAGACAUCUAGAACAGGAAGGGAACAGUAGAGAUGUGUAGAACAGGGAGGAAGGAACAGUAGAGGCAUCUAGAACAGGAAGGGAACAGUAGAGAUGUGUAGAACAGGGAGGGAGGAAUAGUAGAGACAUCUAGAACAGGGAGGGAGGAACAGUAAAGAUGUUUAGAACAGGGAGGAAGGAACAGUAGAGGCAUCUAGAACAGGAAGGGAACAGUAGAGAUGUGUAGAACAGGGAGGAAGGAACAGUAGAGACAUCUAGAACAGGAAGGGAGGAACAGUAAAGAUGUUUAGAACAGGGAGGAAGGAACAGUAGAGGCAUCUAGAACAGGAAGGGAACAGUAGAGAUGUGUAGAACAGGUUUUAUAGUUAUAGGUCCUUUUCUGUUUCCACUAAUUGACAUGGAGCAGGGCAGGGGAAGCCAAGGCCCUCCAGAUGUUCCACCCCCCCUCCGACCAUUGGCUGCAUUAUUGACUGGCGGCUGAUGCCAGGGAAAGCUCAGCAGCACCUGGAGGGCCACAGCUUCUCCGCCCCUGGCUUAGAGUAAUAUGGAUGGCAAUGGCGGCGGUCGCUCUUUCCUUAUCUCAGUUUUUCCCCCCACAGGUGGAAUUCUCAGUACGGAUAAAGGCCACCACCUGCCUGCCUGGUCCCCAGAAGGUGGUGCUCCGAGUUCUAGGAGUGGGUGAGGAGGUGCAUAUAGAAGUGGCGACACUCUGCGACUGCCAGUGCGGAGAUACGCAGCCCUAUGCGCCUCACUGUUCUGGCGGCCGUGGCAACCUCACCUGUGGCAUCUGCAGGUAUUAUUAAUUAAUUCAAAGUUUGAGGAAACGUGACCCCCUUCUCUGCAUGUGUGUAGACACACAUGCUCCUAGAUAACAGAGAUUAAGAUUGCAGCCUUAAUUAUAUAUUGUGGAAAUGAAUCCUUUCUUCUGAAUCUAUUACCAGUUGUGCCCCUGGAUUCUAGUAUUAUAUACUGAAGGGGGAAAUGAUUACUCCGUCUCCAAUCUACCCCACUGAUAACUUUAGAAAACCCGACCCGGUCCCAUUUCCCCCACUAUCCCCAAAUCAGUUGUUUCUUUUCCACUCCGGAUUAAAAAAGGCCUCUAAACCCCAUGAUCGUUUGGGUUGCUGCUUUAGGGCGAGAAGGCAGCUAGGUUUCAGUUGCGGCUGAUGCCCUUUGUUGCACUGGUACAGGGAAUCCCAAAUGGUAGGGGAAGCCAGGGCCAGAGAGAGGCAACAUUGCAGCCACAGAGCUUUCUGGACUGGUUGAAAAAUAAAGAGAAGGCAGGCAGUUGGGGCUGGCUGAGGGCAGGCAAGCUGGUGGGGCAGAGGCCUAUUUGCUGGGCUUCUUGGGUUGGGAGGAGAAAAAACCAGGCUCAGUGGACCUGAUGAGUCUGGUUCAGCAACUGUGACCCAUGUGCUGUCUUUGCUCUUGUAGCUGCCAGGAGGGCCAUGCCGGCCGGCUGUGCGAGUGCAAGCCAGAGGAGCUGGUGGACGCAGAAGCCGCAUGCCGGGAUGCGAACGACACGGGCCCAGUGUGCAGUGGCAAGGGCCAGUGUGUGUGCGGGAAGUGCCAGUGCAAUGCCCAGGCGAGCGGACCCCUCUGCAAGUGUGACGAUGCUGGCUGCGAGAGGCACAACGGGCAGCUCUGCGGAGGUAAAAACCUUCUAAUGGUAGGGCUGCCGCCGUUUUCUUUUAACCUGGCAGAUGUUGGGCAACGCAGUCAUUAGUGGCACCAAUGGGGAUGCUGGUGGCUUUACUGUAGCCAGAGUGGGUAUUUCCAUAGGUUUUAAGGAGGAAAGGCUGCUAAUGUUGCCUCCAAAUUGUCAGUACAGUGGUACCUCGGGUUACAUACGCUUCAGGUUACAGACUCCGCUAACCCAGAAAUAGUGCUUCAGGUUAAGAACUUUGCCUCAGGAUGAGAACAGAAAUCGUGCUCCGGCAGCGCGGCAGCAGCAGGAGCCCCAUUAGCUAAAGUGGUGCUUCAGGUUAAGAACAGUUUCAGGUUAAGUACGGACCUCUGGAACGAAUUAAGUACUUAACCCGAGGUACCACUGUAUUUGGGGAGCUGUAUUUCAGCCCACACUGUAUUUGGGGAACUGUAUUUCAGCCCACACUGAAAAUUCAGAUUUGUGCAGUUGAAGGUGGUUAAAGUGCUUCUGUCAACUUCAUGCAACAAAUCCCCUUUUAAAACAAGCAAGGCUUUUUGCAGAUAAGGACAUGAUUAACACACCAGCUAAUCAGGAUGAAAUGUUCAUUGCAGUAUAACCUCCCUGCAAGCAAGAACAGAAUGAAUGUUCAAUUAAGACCAGACAUAGUCUAACCUCAGAAUAAGUUUUGUGUAAGCCAAACAGGGUGAAUGCUCAACAAACAGUCCCCUGGAGGAGUCCAAAUACUUCUAGGGGUGUGUUUAUAAACUGCAAUGCAGGAAGAGCAGAGUACUGAGCACAGAAUCCAGCUUCUGAAGACUCUCUCGCGAUUUCAUUUAAGAAGAGCAACUUUCUAGCCUGCAUGCUUACAAAGGUGCGCCUCCAAGUGUGAGGGCAGCCAAUGUCCGCUGGCAUCUCAAAAGGCAGAAAGGUUGCUGAAUAAGAAAUAUAUAGAUGUGGGUGGAAUGGCUUUGUGAAGGAACUCUGUAAUGCCGACAGACGUCUCUCUUUGUACCGGUAGGCAACGGGCAAUGCAAAUGUGGCAAUUGUGAGUGCCAUGAGAACUAUACUGGCAGUGCGUGCCAGUGCAGCCUGGAGACCAGUGGAUGCACACAGGAGGGCGUUGUAUGCAGCGGUCACGGGCAUUGUGCCUGCAACAGAUGCCAUUGUGACGCUGGCUGGUUUGACAGUCACUGCAGCCGCUGUGCUGACUGCCAGACACCCUGUGAGGAGCACAGGUGAGAUUCUGAUGUGGUGUUAGGAGAGGGCCUGGCCUACUUUCUAACAGGGGGGUGGGUGGGGUGGAGGGACAGCAAGCUACCGUAUUUUUCGUUCUAUAGGGCGCACCGGCCCAUAGGACGCACCUCGUUUUUUGGGGGGGGAAAUGAAUAAAAAAAAUUAUUCCCCCCCCGCCGCGGCUGCCGCCCCAAGCCUUGUGCACACCUGCAAGAAGCACGGGGAGCCCUCCGGAGGGUGCCCCCAUGCUUCGGGCGACAGGCUGCCGCCCCAAGCCUCGCGCGCUCGGCGGGACCUCCUGCCGGGCGCGCAAGGCUUGCGGACACUCGCCGGGGCUGCAGGCUGCUGCCUGCAAGCCUUGUGAGCCCGCGGGAACUCCCACCGGGCUUGCAAGGCUUGCGGAUAGCUUCCUGAAGCCUGGAGAGCGAGAGGGGUCGGUGCGCACCGAUGCCUCUCGCUCUCCAGGCUUCAGCGAAAGCCUGCAUUCGCCCCAUAGGACGCACACACAUUUCCCCUUCAUUUUUGGAGGGGAAAAAGUGCGUCCUAUGGAGCGAAAAAUAUGGUACAUUUCUCAGGUAUCUCUGCAACUGUGGCCAAACAGAGCAUGGAGCACAGCUUGCAACUGCCAGUGUGUCUUCCUCCCGCUUUUCCUGACCAUUGUAGAAAGGGUGUCCUUAUGCUCUAGUUAGAAGCACGAGCAAAAAAUGCUCACAGCUGCUCUUGUGUGUUGGCAGGAAUUGUGCAGAGUGCAGGGCCUUUGGAACUGGGCUGUUGUGGGAGACUUGUAGCGCAUCCUGCAACCAGACGGUGAAUGUGGUGCCGGCCUCCGCCACCGACGAAAGAUGGUGCCAGACCAAAGCAGAAGAUGGCAGCCUCCUCAUCUACCUCAUUGAGAGGGACAAGGAAGGCGCCAUCACCCUGACGGUGAAUGGCAAAGAAGGUAAGUGGGCACAGGAAAGAAGGGCGGGAGAGCCUUUGUUGCAGGAAGUUGCUGGGCAGCUCGUAGGGGCAUUGGGUUGGUCCCUGUGAUAACAGGACUAGGUGAGCUUCUGGCCUGAUGCGACAAGGCUCUUCUGAAGGCCAGACUAUUUUGAUGUCUGUGACAGAAAGCACGUUGAACCACAGCAGGCAGAAGUUUCAGUGGCACCAGAUUCUUCUGGAGCCUAAGUUGUAACCCAGGCUGUAUGUGACUUGAUGUCAUCCGUUGAUCCUCUUCCAGGGGUGAUUCACAGCUGUCCAUGGAGGCACAGGUUUCUUCUGUGCCCAAGGCAGCGGUCUACCAGCUGCAUCUGGUAUGCUGGCUGAAACCCUACUGGCCUGUGCCCUCUGCCACCUGAGUGGUACAUGCUGUGGUUAUCUCUUGACUGGACUACUGCCAUGUGCUCCACGUGGGGCUACCUUUGAAGGUGACUCGGAAACUACAACUAAUCCAGAAUGAGGCUGUCAGACUGGUGACUGAGAGUGGCCGCCGCGACCAUAUAACACUGAUCCUGAAAGACCUACAUUGGCUCCCCGUAUUUUUCCGAGCACAAUUCAAAGUGUUGGUGCUGACCUUAAAAGCCCCAAAUUGCUUCAGCCCUGUAUACCUGAAGAAGCAUCUCCACCUCCGUUGCUCAGCCCGGGCACUGAGGUCCAGCACUGAGCGUCUUCUGGUGGUUCCCUCAUUGUGAAAAGUGAGAUUACAGGCAACCAGGCAGAGGGCCUUCUUAGUAGCGGUGCCUGCCCUGUGGAACGCUCUCCUGCCAGGUGUCAAGGAAAUAAACAACUACAGUGAUACCUCAGGUUACAUAUGCUUCAGGUUACAGACUCCGCCAACCCAGAAAUAGUACCUCGGGUUAAGAAUGUAACCAGAGAUACAUACUGUAUCUGACUUUUAGGAGACAUCUGAAGGCAGCCCUGUAUAGGGAAGUUUUAAAUGUUUGAUGUUUUAUUAUGUUUCAUGCUUGAUAAUUUGUUGGAAGCCUUCCAAGGUGGCUGGGGCAAUCCAGACAGAUGGGCGGCAUAUAAAUAAUAAAUUAUUAUUGUUACAAUAACCGUUAGCAGAGUAUGUGUGCACAACGGUAGCAGGAGAGGAAGUCCAAUAAAUAAAUGAGGAAGGGGCACUUGCUUCUCAGAACUCAGCUGCAGAGCCUCACAACUCCUUUCGUCUAAACUGCCAGGUAACACAACCAAGAAGACAUUCAAGCUGGUACUGAGCUCAGUGCUGGGCUUGGUGUUAUUUGGGCUCUUCCUCAUAAUAGUCUACCGCAUCGUCUUGGAGAUCUAUGACCGGAGGGAGUUCAAGCGUUUUGAAAAGGAGAGGAAGCACGCCAAGUGGAACGAGGUCAGUGCUCCUUCCUUCCCUACCUGCAGGCUGCAGUUAGUUCAUGUCAGCCUCACUCUCACCUGCUCCUUAUCCCAGCCAGGGAAUUUCUCAGCCCUGACUGGGCUGCUGUUUCUUGGAGCAAAAGCUACAUUCAUUCUGUAAAAGGGAUGGUGGGGCCACAACAGUGGAGCGUUUGCAGCAAGCCCAAAGCUGGAAGGCUAAACGCUCUAUGCAUAAAGGGGCAAGUUAGGCACGUGUGACGAGUCCGAUUUUUAACCUCCCCGCUUCCUUAAAUACUUUUUAGAUGAGCAGACUUCAACUUCUUCAAAGUUGAGACCCACCUUUUCGCCCAACCAUGUUCAUAACUUCAUUCAGCGUAUAUCCAUGUCGCUGAGACCCACCUUAGCUCAGGCUGUGACCAAAGCAGCAGCUGGACCUGGUUACAGGCAAUCAUGUAAUGAACCUAGAUGCAUUUUAUUGUUGUUCCAAAAAAUGUUAACAGAAAAUGAUGGAAACCCCUUUCAACUGCAGAAAGUGUCCCACCAUAGGAAGCUAGCUUGUACUGUUGGUUCAUCCAGCCCAAUAGUCAGUGUUGACUGGCAGUGACUCUCCAGGGUUUCAGGGAAAAGUCUCUGGCCGCCCUACCUGCAGAUCAAACCUGUGACCUUUUGGAUGCAAAACAGAUGCUCUACCUACCACCUGAGCCACGGCCUUUUCCCAAAUCAAUUCCCCACUAUUAAAUGGAGUCUUUUAGUCAGGUUGACACAACUACCCACAGCUUCACACACACACCCCCCAGUGUUAUUUCAAGGCAUAUAAAACUAUGGGAGGCUGGGCCCCCAAGGCGUGUGAGACACACACCUGGUUUGGGGAUAGCAAAUUCUGUAACAGGAAGUAAGAGGCAUACAACUUUGUCUACUUGCCUCUUUUGUAGGUGAACAAUCCACUAUACCGGAGUGCCACUACCACAGUCAUCAAUCCCAAGUACAACGGUGACUGAGGAUUGGCGAAAGCCUUGAGCACUGUGCCAGCUGCUGGAUUUGGACUAUGGAGAAGCUGGGUUCGAAUCCUCACUCAAAAACACAGGGAUGUAUUCAUCUCUUAGCUUGGGUCUAUCUACCUCGCAGCAUAACCCCAAGUAAUAAAAUUUAACCUUUUUCCCAGGGGGCGGGAGGGAAGGGAACUGGAUGUGAUUUCAUAAUAAAACUGGUUU